AGUCAUCCGAACAAUUUGCGGAAGUAUCAUACAAAUGUUUACAAAUCAGACAGGUGUGCCCAUACUUAUGACAUAAGUUUGACAGGACAUCAUCAAUCAUUAAAAUGAAUUUAAGUGAUGCGUUACCCUAGGUCUGAGUUGUGUGUCAUUGAAAGAUUAUAAGGAAAGGUCUGGAAAUUGGCUGGGAAUGAAAAUUUAGAUGAAUGGUUUGGAAGAUGUUCCGUUAUUUGAUCCAAACCUAGUAAGGGAGGUAAAUUUCAAAGAAUGUAGCGGCACAUACAAUCCGGAGAUUUCUCCAGAGAGUCCAGGCGAGGGUCUGUUAAUGAGACCAUUAAAAAUAAGUGACUAUGAUAGAGGUUUUAUGGAGCUUUUAAAGCAGCUGACCGUAGUUGGUGAUGUAUCAAGAGAACAAUUUGAAGCUAGGUUUAACAGCAUGUUGGGGUGUAAAAAUGGUUAUUAUACAGUAGUUAUAGAAGACACAACAUGCGGACAGGUUAUAGGUGCAGCUACAUUAGCAGUGGAACAAAAAUUUAUACACGAGUGCUCAAGUAAAGGCAGAAUAGAAGAUGUGGUAGUCGAUAACAAAUACAGAGGGAAACAGCUUGGAAAAUUGUUGUUGGAUUUUUUGACUUUGUUAAGCAGACAUGUAGGGUGCUAUAAGGUGUCAUUAGAAUGUAAAGAUCAAGUGGUGAAAUUUUACACAAAUUUUGGCUAUGUGAAAGAGGAAGGACAGAACUACAUGUGCCGGAGAUUUUGAUGGAGAUCAUCUUUAGUGAAUGUUGUUUUAGGUUAACAAAAGGCUUAUAUCAUUAAUCUUUGUUUCUUAGGUAAUAUAUCACACUUUCUCGAGAAUUUAAAUUGUAACAUUACAGUCCAUACUAAUUUUUUUAAAAAUGCAUUAUUACUACAUAUCUUUUGUUUAUGCAAAUGCCAGUCAUGAAAAUGAGUGUGUCCUAUUGGCUGUUGCUAGGCAUUUUUUCAUUGUUGAUUGGGGAUUCUUUGUAAAUUGAUAUUUAAUGAGAUAAGAAUCUUCCAUGCAUGUGAUAUUAUUUACUUGAAUGUCUUUCAUUUGAAAUAUUUGAAUCUAGAGAACCAUAUUUUUAGUUUCUGUGUUGCUCAGAUAGCAGGAUGUUGCCCAGUGGCAUAAAACUACUGUAGUAGUUGCCUCUGUAACUGAGUGGUUAAAGUCACAGACUUCAAAAGAUUUUAACCUCAUCUCUAAAGGUAUUACAGGUAAAGGUAAUUUUUUCCCCAUUGUUAUGUGAAACAAUGAACAUAAGCUCUGUAGACCUUUUGAAUGACCCUAUUUUAGAAACAGUUAAAAUCAAUUUUAUCUUCCCCCCAGAAAUUUGUUGCUACCCAUAUACAGCUUGAUGAACAGAGGCAGUUACAGUUAAGUGCCUUGCCCAAGGACACAAUGCAAUUGAAGUAGCCAGGAAUCAAACCUGUGGCCUUCACCUCUGUUGGAAAAGUGUCUUAGGCCUCUCAACUUCCCUAUUUGAGUUGUCAUAUGAGGAUGACAUAGCUUAUGGAAGGUCCCUGGUUCAACUAAGGUGUCUGUCUUUACCCAAAUUAGUGUCAAUGGGAGGGGUGUACCUGAUGUCUUUUCACCAUUUAAAAUUUGGAAGUAACCAUAUGACAGAAAUUGUGUCAGCAUUUCACUCCCAACAAAAACCAGUGACAUAGCAAUGCUGAGGCACUCGUGGCAACUGCCUUGGUGUUUUAACUAUAUUACAACACACGACAACAUGAGUAGAAAGCAAAACAAAAUAUACAAUCAAAAGCAAAACAAAUCACAAUAUAAAAAGCAAAAUGACAUUAAACAUUCCCCAGGAAAUCCUGAAAAGAUCUGCCUUAAUAUGUUUUAACAUAUUGCCUAGUCUUUGCUUAUAGAUACAUUAAUAUUCUUGAAACAGCUAAGAACACCACUGAACAUGUAAUGUUGAGAAAAGUAUGUUUUCUAAUAUGACAAUCACAUUCACGGGGUAAAGUGGGUAGGGUAGAGGCCCAUUCAGCACUGUAAGUGUAUAUAUUUUAUCGUAAGCCAUUAUUGUUUGUUUUAACCAUUAGCCUAAUGGCAGCAAGUGAUUUUCCUUUGCAACUAGUGCAGACCAAGAACAGCCUGUUUGUCUGUUUGAAUAGUAAUUGGUGCUGCCCAAAUUGAAUGACGGACCAGUCCAUUAUAGAAACUUAGAAGGGUAAUGGUUAAUAAUGUACACUAUUUUGGUAUUUCAAAUUUCUUUCAUUUUACUGAUUUUAAAGAGAAGUAAUAUGAAAAUAAAAUUUUUAUAUGUUCUUGAUAGAUCUGUAAACUGAUCUGUUAUUUGUAUUAAGUGUGAAUGUAUGGUCAAAAUGUCUUUGCAUCUAAGAUAGAUAUUUGCGAACAAUUAAAGAGUCUGCACAUUUCGAGCUGAUUUUAAGACAUUUUUUGGAAUUAUUUAAUGUGUCAGAUAUUUUAAUAUUAUGUUUUAACUUUAAGAAGUUAGUAACAUUGCCAUUGAAUAAAUUUGCUCACCUGUUGCCAUUAAUUUAUAAAAUGAUUGUCACUGCCUUACGCCAAAUCCAGGUUUUAUUCUGUGUUUUCCGGAUGUAUGACUUUACACCUAUACAUCUGGUUUAUCAAACGUGCAGAACUACCUUAAGUUGUAAAACUUCAAAGGCUGAUUCCAUGUGGUCAAUAGAUGACCAAUAUUGUUUUGGGUGUCAGUAGGUCACAGUGGCCAUAAAAUUGAAAAUUGUUUCCAUUCAAUAACUAAAAAACACUUUGGUCAUCAGUGGUCAGACUUCUUAUAAGGAUGACUGCCUGUGGUCAGUUGAUGACCCUGUAUUUUUAGGUCAUUAUAUUUAAGUUUAAGGUCACUGCAUAAAAGAUCAUGAAGACAGUUGCUCCAACAGGCCCUCAUGGGGAUGGGGGCGGCAUAUGUGUUUAUAAACAGCUCUUGUUCAGUUUUUUGUUGUUAAUAAUGUGAGAUAUAAAGUACUGUGAAAUCAUUAACAUUUGUGGGUGACUAAUUUUCGUGGUUAAGUCAAUCUACGAAAUUUAAUCCCAACAAACAGGUAAAAUUCCCAUUCAUUUUAUAUUCAAAAGCUUAAAUCCACGAAUUCAUAUCCCUCCAAAAUUGCCGUUUUGACCAAAAUCACAAAAUGUCAUGCCCAAGAAAGUAAAUGAUUUUACAGUAUUAAGUGUAUCAUAUCAAAAGUUGUAAUAUUUCAUGUGUAUAUAGAUAUAGGUAAGAGUAGGAAUUCUUGAUUAUAAGUGAUAAAAUAGUCUUAAUAACACUGAUACAGAAUAGUGAAAUAUACAAAUAGUCAGUUGUAUGAUUUCUUGACAUUUCUUAUGGAAUUGGCUUCAAAUGCAACUUUGUUACUGAUUUUUUGAUAACAUAGAGAUGUGCACAUCUAUAAAACUUCAGUCCUGUUAUUAACAUGUUAACUUGUUUGACAAGUUUUGCAAUGAACAAUCUUUAGUGAGUAUUACAAUGAUUGGAAUAUUGUUGUAUAUUUUGUUUGAAUAUAGGGCAGAUUUGUCCUAAUAUGGUGAUAGGGUUAUCUAGUUGUACAGUAGGAAAUUUAUCUUUAAGUUACUACUGUGUUGGAGAUGGGACUUUGUUGUAAUAAAUUGAUAGAAUCUCUUUAUAUAUAUGUAAAUUCAUUAAAAUGGAGAGACAUAAACAUAAAAAAGGUUUUGACAAUACUGAUAAGUUCAUAUGAGCAUUAAUUAGUUAAUUUCAAAUUUUUGAAUAUAAGAUAAUUUAUAUUGACAUCAGGAUAUAAUUUAUGAUGUAGAAUUAACAAAGAAAUCCACAAAAUUAUAUCCAUUACUAAUUACAAAUAUUAAUGAUACUAACAUCAUUAUUUAAUUAAAGCUAUUUUAAUUGUCUGAAUAAAGGUAUCCAUUUUCUAUA